AUGGAAGAGCAGAAUAAAAUCCUUCGCUUCCAAUAUUACCAAGCCCACAAGGCCAAGCAGGCUGCCCAACACCAGACAGCAAAUCAACAGUCAAAUGGAGUCCCGUCGAAUCGAAACCCGCCGUCUGCGCUGCCAAAUGGCAAUAAUCCAAAUGUCCCCUCAACGGCCCCUCAGCUUCGAGGAGCUGCAAUGGAGCCUUCUUCUCGGGUGGGGCCACAACCGCAGAGGCUGAUGAACGGACAAGUCAAUGGCGCCAUUCCGAAUUACGGGCACAAUGUCCCAAGUGCACCCAUGCAAUCACAGAUGCAAAUGCCGAUGGGUCAACGCGGACAGCCUCAGAUGACUUCAGAGAUGAGGAUGAUGCAGGAAGCCCAGCGUGUCCAGGAGCAGCAAGCCGCCUAUCUCCAGCAACAGCGGCAACAACGGAAUCCUCAACAAAAUGUCCAAGGUGGAUCGCCAAUCACCCACAACCCCAAUUCUCUUCCCCAGAAUAGCCCUUCCUUACUUAGCUCACUUCAGGAUCGUUCAAGUCCUGUCAACGGCGGUCAGUCUCUGCCAGGUACCAGCACAUCUCCCCAUCUGAAUCAGUCCCAACCGCAGGCUCUCUCCAGCGGCAUGACCCCAGCCGUUAACCAAAUCCAGACCCAGGUCAAGCGGCGCAAUCCUAGUGCGAGUGCGGAGGAAAUCCAGCGAUUGACCACCGAACAACUCUAUCGGAUGUCUCAACAGCAAUCUCUGCAACAAUCAGCUAUGGCAGCUGCGGUCGGUAACAGCGGCGGCAACUUGGGCAAUAUGCAAGUACCAAGUCCAAUGAUGCAACAGCAGGGCAUGCUCCCGAACGGAGCGGGCAACAUCUACAAUCAACAGCAGCAAUAUGCUGUUUACAUGCGGAGUCAACAAGCUAGCCAACAACGGAGUGCGAGUAGCGGUAGCGGAAUGACGCCAGGAAUGAGUGCGAGCAGAUCUACUACUCCUAUGGUGCAAAGGACAGGUAGUGCGCAAGGAGGAGGCCCACCGAGAGGGCCAAGCCAGAGUCCAAGACCUGGACCUGUUGGGAUCGCAAGCGGUCAGUAG